AUGGCGGGUCUUAUGGACAUCGAUCUCGACCGCGUCGCGCUCACAAUGGCGGAUCCUAUGGACAUGAACGUCGGGGGCGUCGAAUUCAUGAGAAUGGAGUCCCCGGCUGACCCCGAACUGUCUUUCCACCUAUUUCCUAGCCUACCCUAUGAGCUCCGUUUGGAAAUAAUCGAGGAGUGGUUCCGCAGCCGAGGAGACGUCUACUGGACCCCGGGAAAUUUGAAUGUUACCUGGUCUGGUGCCUGGAUAUACAACGCGCGCAGCGCGGGCAGCGCGCGCAGCAGACGCCGCAACCCGCUUGCAGAAUAUGCCACCAUCGACAAGCAGUGGAAAUUAGCGAUUGAGAAGCUCACCUUUCUUUCCCUGUCGUUUGUGAUUCCCGAGCUUGGCAGGAGUGCUUUACUCGACGAUGGUGAGAGCUGUUAUCGCUCCAACGCUAUGCAGGGUUACGACAGCCCCGAUGUGCUCGACGACUUUGAGAGGAUCUGCGUUAGAGAACGAAUAAAUGCGGUCAUGAAUUUGUCCCUUUCGAUCAACCCACAUAAUUCAGGCCCCUUCCCCACAGUUACAGCCCUGAACACAAUGUUUCCCGCUGGCGGGCACGGCGACAAUCCCGACCUAUCCGUCGUCCAGGCCAAGGCCGUCGCCAGAGCAGCAUUCAUGAAGGUCUUGAAGGUCCUCGAGCGCUUCCGAGAAUCAAGGCUCAAAAGAUUCUCUCUCGACUCCGGUCCCGCCGGGCUCAGGAUGGCUGACCCCGUGUCGCCCGCGGACCACUCACUUCAUCUGGGCCAGUCUCUAUACGCUUUGACGUGCAGAGUCGAGGUACUGAGUCUCUGGCACGUAGUCGACUUGCCAUACUUCCUCAAACAGUCGUGGGCUGCCAAGAAGGAACCGUCGCGGGGCGCCCCGGUCCCGGCCUGGCCCAGCCUGAGAAACCUCAGCCUCAGCAACUAUGUCAACGUGGAGACCCCGGACUGCGACCGCGAGGCGGCCGAGCUCUACGAAUCCGUCACACACGCACUACCACAGAUCCCAAAGCUGAGCGAGCUAGACCUCUCGCUAGAUGUACCGAGAUUUCUAGACACCGAGAGACUCCAUCUUCUGCAAAGCACCAGGGUCUACAUCGAUAUACCACCACGAAAUGGACGCUCGGCAACACGGGGCGGACGUCUGAGUAUCCACGGUCCGGCGCCAGACCAAGCGACGAUAGACGGGUGGUUGCAAAUCGCACGAAGACAGUGGGAUUGCAACCUGUGGAUCUUCUGA